AUGGCCGAUGUUCUUAGUCUACUCCGUCUUUAUAAUGUGAAUAAAGAAGACAUUAUUGAAAAGGACAACCGUAUCUUUUUUGGCGAGCAGUCAUGGCCGAUAGAUGCCAAGACCAACUACUUUAUGUGGGGGUCUGGUAAAGAUGGGGCUCCAAAGGAAUAUUAUACAUUGGGGUGUUUGUUAUUUCUACUCAAGCAUGUCAAACUGCCACAUUCUACGUAUGUCCGAAAAGCUGCGGCUGAAAACAUACAAGCUGUGCGAAGACCUGACCGAAAAGACGUUCUGGCUUACCUACAUGGACAUACAGCUACCUCAGCAAAUAUUGAUAAAAGUGCACCUGUAGAAACUCUGACACCAGUAAAACGUGCACCUAACGAAUCAAUAGAAAGCGUGGCAAAGAAACCGAAGCUAGAAGAUGUUCAAGUUAAGAGGUUGAAACAGCAGCUUGCUGCGAGAUUGGAGACACCCAAAGAAGUGUCCGUAACUGUUGACAACAUAAAACCCCUAUCUGAAACAAUGUCAGUAGAAGAGAUAGCUGCCAUCAAAGCGAAGCGCUUGGUCAAGAAGAGGACUACUAUUAAAAGACAAGAUGAUAUUGGUUCUGAACCCAAACUUAUGAUGGACGUCGAUGAAGAAGACAUGAUUAAAGACAUAUUAGCCAGAGAACGUCGGGGAAGGACUAGAACUACAAUAUUACAAAGCACAGGAAAAAUGUUCGCACAAAACGUGUUUGCCAUUCUGCAGUCAGUAAAAGUAAAAGAGGAGAGCAAACAUAGACCUCCUGCUGCAACACCGACCUUGACAUAUAAACCCACUCCCAUCGUACGGCCCCUCGCUCCUAGAGUCAUCCCUCAGGCCAAUGUGUACAACCGUUACGGUCAGGAGCGGUUCGUAAGACAGGAGAAAGAGACAGCAGGGUUUAAAAUCAAUACAAUGGGAACAUACCACGGAAUGUCCUUGAAGUCAGUGACUGAAGGCGAUCAACCGAAGAAAUUGCCAGCCCCUCAGACAUAUCAACCUGAGACCAUUCCAACAGCAAUGACUGGUCUCAAGUUGUGUUCCCAACCGGCAAAGAGAACCUCUCGUACUCCUAUCAUCAUCAUCCCUGCGGCGAACAUCUCUCUCAUCACAAUGUACAAUGCCAAGGACAUCCUGCAGGACUUAAAGUUUUUUACAACAGAGGAAAAAAAGGCCCAAGGUGCUAAACGAGAAAAUGAAGUUUUGCUCCAACGGCGAAAGAAUGGAUUGCUGACAGUUCCCUACAGAGUAAUUGAUAAUCCUAUGAAGCUGACUCCAUACGACUGGGACCGAGUCGUGGCUGUCUUCGCUUUGGGCCCUACUUGGCAGUUCAAAGGGUGGCCCUGGAAUGGAAAUCCGGUGGAAAUAUUUUCUAAAGUAUGUGGUUUUCAUCUUAAAUAUGAUGAGAUGCGGAUGGAUAAGAACGUGCAGGGCUGGGAUGUCUCUGUUAUUCAAUUAUCUCGGACAAAACGACACUUGGAUCGUGCAGCACUCAUGGCCUUCUGGGAAAAACUAGACAAGCACUUGAUGAAGAACAAACCUCACCUUCGAUUCUGA